AUGGCUACUCAAGAAGACAAGCCUACCGACGCCCGCGCUCAUCUCUUGAAGCACUUUGGAUCCAGCGAUCCCAAGGAUCAUCCCGCUCGCUGGAAUGACCUCUGGAAAGAAGGCAACUUCCUGCCAUGGGACCGCGGUUUUCCCAACCCCGCCUUCCGUGAUAUCCUCUACACCAAGGUUUUCCCCAACCACAACCCCGCCGGCGUGGACAGGGAACACCCGCUCGUUCCCCCGCCCGUAGACCCCAAGACGGGUCGCAGGAGGCGCGCCCUCGUUCCCGGCUGUGGCAAGGGCUACGAUGUCCUGCUGCUGGCGGCUUCCGGCUACGACGCUUGGGGCCUCGAGUCCAGUGAGCAUGCGGUCAGGAUGGCAGAGGAGUAUAAGAAGGAAGGCCAGAGUGAACCGACCAAGCAGGAGCUGGAAGAGGGCAAGCGUGGACACAAGGAGUAUGCCAUUCACAACAAGGAAAUCGGCCUAGGCCACUCCAGAUUUGUGCAUGGCGACUUUUUCAAGGACGACUGGUUCAGCCGCAUUGAAGACAGUGGCAUCCAAGGGGCGAGUUUUGCAGUGGCGCCCAAGUUCGACAUAAUCUACGACUACACCUUCCUCUCCGCGCUUCCACCCUCUCUCCGCCCCCUCUGGGCUCUCCGCAUGUCUCAACUCCUCUCUGACGCUCCUGACGCCGCCCUAAUCUGCAUUGAAUUCCCAACCUACAAGCCUCCCUCGACCGGCGGUCCGCCCUAUGGCCUGCAACCUACGGUAUACGAGCACCACCUCAGCCGGCCAGGCGAGGAGCUCGAGUACAAGGAAGACGGACACAUCCUCGAGCAGCGCGACGAGCAGACCAAGCUGGUCCUGCCCAACAAGCUCGGCCUCUUCCGCGUCGCGCACUACCAGCCCGUGCACACGCAUGAGAUCGGCAAGGGUUCUGACUGGGUCAGCAUCUGGCGGCAC